AUAAUGUAAGUUGCAUUAAUAAUAAAAAGUUUGUCCACAUUUAGCAUACAUUGGGACCAUACAAUGCAAAGACAAAUAAUCUACAUGUCAGUCAAUGUCAUCAUUUUCAAAGUAGAUUUUCUUCACCCUUGACUAAAUAACAACCCCACCCCACCCCCACCCCCCCUCUCUCCUUGGGGGUUAAGGGAGGAGGAUGGGUUCUUCAAACUUCAAACCUCCAUCUUCAUUUCCCAUAAUUCAAGCACACUUGCAAUGGGGCUGUGCCUCGGAAAAUCUGCUAAACUUGCCCAUGCUUCUUCUGGUCAAUUCUCAGGCAAUGCAAAUGCCGAGGGGAAGAAUGAGUUAUGCAGCACGUUGUUGAGUGAGAAGAGCGACCUGAAAUCCUUCACAUUCAGCGAUCUGAAGAAUGCGACUCGCAACUUCCGGUCCGACAGCCUCCUCGGCGAGGGGGGCUUCGGUUACGUCUUCAAAGGAUGGAUAGACGAGCAGAGCUUCGCCCCCUGCCGCCCCGGCACCGGCCUCGUUGUCGCCGUCAAGAAGCUCAAGGCCGAGAGCGUUCAAGGCCACAGAGAAUGGCUUGCGGAAGUCAAUUAUUUGGGGCUGCUGCACCAUCAGAAUCUUGUCAAGUUGAUAGGCUAUUGCUCCGAGUCGGAGAAGAAGCUCCUCGUCUAUGAAUACAUGCCAAAAGGCAGCUUGGAGAAUCAUUUGUUUAGAAAGGGAGUGCAGCUGAUGCCGUGGCCCACGAGGAUGCGCAUCGCCAUGGACGUGGCGAGGGGCUUGGCCUUCUUGCACAGCCUCGACGCCAAUGUCAUCUAUCGCGACCUCAAGGCGGCCAACGUGCUUCUUGAUUCGGAGUUCAAUGCCAAGUUAUCGGAUUUCGGGCUGGCGAGGGAGGGCCCCAAGGGUGAUAGGACUCACGUCUCGACCCGGGUGGUGGGCACGAGGGGAUAUGCUGCACCAGAGUACGUAGCAACGGGCCACUUGACUCCCAAGAGCGAUGUGUACAGCUUCGGAGUUGUCCUGCUGGAGCUGCUAUCGGGGAAACGGGCGUCCGGAGACGAGAACGCGGGGGGAGCCGAGGAGACGUUGGUGGACUGGACGAAGCCAUUCCUCACGGACAGCAGGAAAGUGUUGAGGAUCAUGGACUCCAGGCUCGGAGGGCAGUACUCUAAGAAGGGGGCGCAGGCGGCUGCAGCCAUCGCCUUGCGCUGCCUCGACAACGAUCCUAAGAAUCGGCCGGCCAUGACGGAGGUCUUGGCCGCCCUCGACGACGUGCAGACGUCCACAGCUGCUCCCAGAAUCUCACAUCGAGCUGUGAAUCACAAGCUGAGUCCUCAUAGACAAUGAGGCUGUCGAGGUUAGAGUAGGAGAUGUAUUUAUGUUGAUGUAUUUGGAAAUAUGUUGGGAGAUGCAAUUUUUGUUGGUGUAUUUGGAAAUAUAUUGGGGGAUACAGGUGAUGGUGUAAAUACAGCGAGGAAGAUCUGCCUCUUUUAUGUUGUGUACCUCUUGUUACUACAUACGAAAUGAAAUAGAUCAUUACAAUUUAAAUUA